AUGAACAGUAUGGAUACUACCAGACUAAGUGAUAUCAAAGAUGAUCGGUCCACUGGUGAUGUCUUCAAAAAGAAAUUCACCUCACUAUCGCGACCCAGACAACCAUUGAGAGAAACUAAUGCCAAUCUACCUACACUUCCGUUCAAACGGAGCAGAAAACAUUCGCUGUCUUACUCUUCACCCAAGGGCAAAGAUGGUGGAAAGCUGUCUCCAAAAAAGGCUGCCAUUGCUGGUGCUGCUGCACACAUUGUAUCACCAACUAUGACGAAAACAAAGGAAAAUUCUUCAUCCAAGAUAGGUGAAACAUUGACACAUCCCACCAUUGAAAGGCCAAUUGAAGUUGUUGCAAGUCAACAUGAGCAAAAGUGUGAAGUCAAAGAUGCUAUACUGCGAGUGGCAGAAAUAAGAAAGCUCACUGACGGGAAUGACAGGGAGAAAAUGGACGAGGAAAAGAGCACAUCUUUGAGAAAGAGGGACAGGGAUAUUGGAAGGAGUGAAGAGACUGAGCAGACAAGGACAACUGUCAUCCGAAGAAAGCUUUCGACAGUAGUCAAUGAGCAGCAAGAAGAUGCCAUCCACAAAGAAGAAGCUCCCACACUCAAGGCAUUUCAGAAGGAUGAUAAACUUGCUGAACCAAAAGAAGAUGAUUCGCUUCAGAUAAAUCAUACACCUUCAAAAAAGACAUCUCUUGAGAUUGGGAGAGGAGGUAAUGACGGAAAAGUGCUGGCUAUCGAAAGUGUAAGGGUAAAUCAGAAACAACAUACUGAAAAGCCGACAUUCGAAAAGCCCCGCACUUUGAUUGAUGUGGCAAAUGCCGGCAAGAUUGCUCCAGCUCCACUCCAAGAAUUGGAUUCCAACAAGGUCGACCGCAAGCUGCUUGAGAGGCCCGAGAAACGCAAGCUUACACAGCAAGUAGCCCAGAACCAAAAAGGCACAUCAAGACUAUCAGGUGAAGAGUUGUAUCAAUGGCAACAAUCAUGGAAAAAAAUUAUGAAAGAAUCAGUGGUUUUCUUUGAAGGAGCACACGAUUUCCAACUGUCGGAGUACAAAAGAGCUGUCAAGUAUCUCAAGUACGUUGGUUCCGAAAUUGCACCAUUUUAUCGCACAAAUGUCACUAUUAUCAUAUCGAAACGAACUUACGAUGACAAAUUAGAGUAUCCGUCUAAUGACAUAUUCUCAAAUGUUCCAAAGUUCAAAACAAAAGUAUGGAGCUACGAAAAGCUUUUUCGGUUUAUGAAAAACUUGGGAUUGAGUACCGUUUCCGAUGAACUGCUUGUGACUGGUGCGAACGCAAGUGCAGCCACUGCUCCUUCCAACAACUUGUACAAUUUGCUCAAGGAAGAAAAGUUGUACGGGGUGGCCGACAGAGAUCCUAAUGCACGACGCGACGAUUUCCAUUACUUUGGCAAGAACUACUUGUACGUCUAUGAUUUGAGCCAGACUGUACGACCUAUUGCUAUACGUGAAUGGAAUAAUGACUAUCCAGUAUUGCAUUUGACUUUGGAUGGCAAGUGUCCAUUCAUCGACGACCCAUCUGAUCAAAAUCUGGAGAGAAAGAGAUUGAAAAGAAUGAGAAAGUUUGAGGCUACAAAAUCACAUCGUCAAGCUUUAAGAACUGCCACGGAAAGAGUCAUCAGUGGAGUGUCCCUUUCGAUGGGUGGGUUCAAUGGAACUAGUACUAGUACCGACAAGAUUGACGAAUCCUCAAAUGAAGUUGAAUUUCGGCAACCAUUGACGCGAAACUCGUCUUGCAUUCAAUCCAAAGCGGUGGACGCAAUGGCUUCCGGGUUUAAUGGUGCAUCUAAUGCUGUUCAAUUUUCUAUGGAUUCCAACUUGAACAGUGCUGCCACUGCUGCUGGAAAUGGAUUGGGACCUUACUUGUCCCAAGUGCAAUCUAAAAAUCUAAACAACCUUAAACGGCGAAUUUUUUUAAAGAGAAAGACGUCGGGAAGGAGAGAUAAAGAGUCAACUCCUGGUUAUUGUGAAAAUUGUCGGUGUAAAUAUGACAACUUUGAAGACCACAUUUACAGCAACAGACAUCGUAACUUUGCAUGCGAUGACCGCAACUUUACAGAUAUUGAUGAGUUGAUUGCUACUUUGAAGGAAAGCAACUCGAUGGGUAACAUCACUUCCAAUGGUGAUUACAUAUAA